CACGAGACCUAGCCUCAGCUUCGACAACCGUCAAGAAACCAAAAACCCUGGGGGAUCACUGAGGACUUAGUAAUGGCGACGACGGCGAUGUCGACGAGGACGAAGCUGAUAACGAAGCGAUCGAGCAAGUACCUGGAGGAGGCGCUCUACAAGCGGCUCUUUAGAGAGGGGAGCUCGCCGGAGAGCGUUAAGAAGGAGCUGACGCAGUUCCUCAAGAGCAGGAAGCGAGUCUUCAAGUGGGAGGUCGGCGUCUCCAUCAAGAAACUCCGCGAUCGGAAGCGAUUUCGCCCCGCCCUCAAGCUUUCGGAAACAAUGUCUAGGAGGGGUAUGAACUUGACAAAUAGCGAUCAUGCAAUUCGCCUCGAUCUUGUAGGCAAAGCAAGAGGCAUUGCCUCCGCUGAAGAGUACUUCAUCAAUUUACCUGACUCUGCUAAAACUCACCUAGCUUACGGAGCUCUACUCAACUGUUAUUGCAAAGAGUCAAUGACUGAAAAAGCCGAGGCCCUUAUGGAAAAGAUGAAGGAACUGAGAUUUGCUUCAAGCCCCAUGGCAUAUAACAGCUUGAUGACUCUCUACUCUAAAGCCGACCAACCAGACAAAAUUCCUGGAAUCAUACAAGAAAUGAAGGCUAAUGAUAUAAUGCCAGAUUGUUACACCUACAACAUUUGGAUGAGGAGCCUUGCUGCCGUGAAAGAUGUCUCUGGUGUCGAGAGGGUUGUGGAUGAGAUGAAGAGAGAUGGACGAGUUGCUGCUGAUUGGACAACAUAUAGCAAUUUAGCUUCCAUAUAUAUAGAUGCAGGAAUGAUUCGGAAGGCUGAAGGCGCUCUAAAAGAGCUUGAAAAGAGGAACAAUACUGAGAGCCUUGAAGCCUAUCAGUUCCUCAUAACAUUGUACGGACGAGCUGGAAACCUAGUUGAAGUUUAUAGGAUAUGGCGAUCGCUGAAGCUAGCAUUUCCAAAAAUGGCAAACAUAAGCUACUUAAACAUGAUCCAGGUGUUAGUGAAGCUUAAUGAUUUAUCAGGCGCGGAGACAUGCUUCAAGGAAUGGGAGUCAAAGUGCUCAACAUAUGACAUUCGGAUUGUCAAUGCUCUGCUGGGUGCUUAUCUUAAAGAAGGAAUGUUGGAAAAAGCUGAAACCUUUAAGAAGCGAGCAAAAAAGAAAGGGGCAAGGCUUAACGCCAAAUCUUGGGAGAUCUUUAUGGAGUACUAUCUAAAGAACGGGGAUAUGAAGUCUGUGCUCAGGUCCGUUGAUCGUGGAAUCAAGAAGGGUAGAACCCAUGGUAGAAUUUGGGUUCCACCCAAUGAAGUGAUUUUUGCUUUGAUGUCGUACUUUGAAGAGAAUAGAGAUGUUCGAGGUGCUGAAGGAUUUAUCGAGCUUCUGAAAUUGGUUAAGCCUGAUUUACGGGCAGAGGUGUUUGAAUCUCUAAUUAGGACUUACGCUGCUGCUGAGAAGAAGAGCCCUGGGAUGAGAAAGCGGUUGAAGAUGGAGAAUGUUGCUGUUGGCGAGAUCACGGAGAAGUUGCUCGAGGAAAUAUGUCCAGAAUGAAUGAGCUGAGCUUUCAACCUUCUAAUAAACUGUUAUAUUCUUCUCAAUUUAUUUUGAGAGAAACAAGAAUAGUCACCUCGGGGCUGUUGUUUCAGGUUGUUUGUUGCAGAAUUUUUGCGGAAGGAGCUAGCGUAGGUUUUGUGAUGAGUUUCCAUCUUGUUAGGUAUGAAGGCCGCUGAAAUCUCUGCAAAAAAGGUCCACUGACAUAUUUAUGCAGAUGCUGAUGAAAUGUUCUUCACAGUUUUUCUGCGGUA